UUUAUCUGUUAUUAUGUUACAGUCUUGUUUUAAAAGAUCAGUUCAUUUAUUCAAUGAAUUCACAAGGCUAUCGGAGAAGGAUAUUAAGUCAGCAAUGGCCAAAAACUUGGAUUUUUAUGAACAAGGUCUUGUCAAUUUGCCACAGCCCAAAGGAAAAGGAGCUUCCAUGAGGAGACUCUCUAGUGAACUGCAAGAGGCUAAAGAAGCUAUAUGGCGUCUGCACGCUCUGAUGUUGACAGAAAGUAUGCUACCUGGUGUGCUGUGUUUGCCGCUUCAUUUGAAGGAAGAAUGUGGAUGCCUGCUUCGAAAAUUCAGUUGUCUGGGAGAUUCAGUUCAGCCUAUAAUUACUUCCAGUACUCAGGAGACUUUAUGUCAAGAGACAAAAUUUUACAUCUAUCUGAAAAUGUGAAAACUGUCACAGUUGAUUCAUUUGUCGAUGUUCCUGGUGGCCACUUAUUUUGCCUUUAACAUGGCAUAUUCAACCAACCUUUAUGGCACCUGACUUUCAUUCAGAAAGUCCUGAUUGGGCAUACAAAUAAGGUUAAGGUUUUGCCCAAGCAGACUACCUUAUUGACAAGAAUACAUUCAUAAACACUAUGGAACCAUUAUUCAUUGAUAAGUAUUCAAACUAUUACAGGUUAGCCAAUUUACCGGCUCUUUUAAAUUCCUUACACUUAAUUUUAGCCAAUUUGCCAGCUCUUUUAAAUUCCUUACACUUAAUUUAUUGAGGACCAAAAUUUUUUCUGGCAUAUCUGGUUAUAAGGCUGUAUUUUUUUAGGAAAA